CCGCUGUUAUCACACGGACAUAUUUGACAGCUGGACCAGCGCAGAGCAGCAGCAGCUAUGGCUAAGAGUGAUGGAUGCGACUACUUUAGAAGAACCAGCCUGUUUUGGAUCGUCGCCGUGACACUGGGGAUGAGUUAUUUUGCUUGCUGCGUGUUUGUGCCAGAAAAAAUCCCAUUCGCACUUCUUGGUCCAUUUGGCACCUUCUCCAAAUACCUUGUGGAUAACCAUGCUGGCAUUCUGUACAAAGGGUGGUUUGUUACCUGGGCUAUCCAUGUCUUUGAGGCUUUAAUGGCAUGGAGGGUGUGCAGCAACAAAGGUAUCGACAACAUGGCCACUCGCUGCAUGUGGUUUUUCCAGACCUUUCUGUUUGGCUUCGCUUCUCUCGGCCUGCUCCUCAAGUACGACCCCGAGCGGCCCAAACAGCACUGAUGCCGGCAGGAGAAGAACACUGCAUGAACCUCGGAAAUCAAUGGCCUCCUUGUGCCUGUUCUUCCUCCACUGUCAUCCCCUCUGAUAUGAAAACCUGCUGAGGGGCACGGAGUGGAGGAAGACACUUGAGCCUUUUCUUUUAUUAUGUUUCUUUUAACAAAAAAGUAUUGCGGUGAUCACCUAACUUUGAUUUGACAAUACAAGCUUUUCUUACUUUAUUUUCUGUGUUUCUUAUGAUGAGCCAACAUCUCAGUUUCAUUCCAUAGAUUUUUCUAUACACCUAGUUGAAGGAAGGCAGUUGUACCCUAGAAAUAAUAUUUUAAAAGUUUGCAUUGAUAAUAUUAACUGAAGUUAUUUAAGAAUCUGCCCUGAGCUGAAUAUUUAGUGCAAUACAGGGGAAUCUUUUAUGAAAUGGUUUUCUUCUCUCAUCAUGUUUACAUUCAGCCUGGAUGGCAGCAGUAGUGAUAUUUUCUCAGCUGCUGUGCUGAACAUAAUGUCAGACAGGUUGGCUGCAGAUGGUGCGCUGCCACCGGCCUCAGAAAUUCUCCAGGAUAAAGAGAGGAGAGCUGCUCUAUACAUGUUUUAAAUUCACAUUUGCCUUUCCUAUACUGAAGUGCUUUGACUUCACUUUUUUAAACUACAGACUGGAAGAUCUUAAUGCUAACUGCAAAAUAAAGAUUUAUAAACUGCA